AUGAUACCAUCAACAUUGAAAACAAUUUUUAUCGAUGGUGAUCUCGACGAUUCAUCAAUUUUACUUGACGUACAACAUCCCUAUCGUGAUAAAGAUCUUCUUUUAACAAACCAUUUUGAUGAUGUUGACGACGAUGUUCGUGAUCAACAUUCACCAUUCUUUGGUUUAUUUCCUCCAACAUCGGAUGCAUCAUCAAAUACACUUCUUUCGGCAUGUAUUAGUCACGAUAGUUCAGGUUCAAGUUCAAAUGCUUCAUCAACUGCAUUUUCAUAUACGGAUUCUGCAUAUGCAUCAUCACAAUCACCACCACCAUCAUCAUCACAAUCCCAAAAUUCGACUAAUACAACCAGUCAAUCAAUUUCAAUCAUGCGUAACCUUUCAUCACAGCAACAACAAAAUCCUACACAACAAAAACAACAAAUAAAACCAGCAACAUCGACACAUCUAUCAUUACUUCCUGGUUUAACAACAUCAUCGCCAAGCUCGAGUUUAUCAAGUGUUCAGUCAACAACAGAUAAUCUAUGUUGUCCAUCAUCGUCAACAUCUUUUUACACCAAACAACAACACCAAGAAUAUCAUUACAAUUAUUGGAAUUGUCCAGGAUGUCAAGAAGCAUAUAAGCAAAAUCGUCCACAAGUUCUUCAAUGUUUUCAUUCAUUAUGUGAGACAUGCAUAGAAAAAUUAUCCGACAAAGAAAAUCGAAAUAUUUCUUGUCCAUUAUGUGGUUUAACAACAAUGCUUACAGAUAUUUUACCUGAUUAUACAAUACAAAAUAAUCAGUCAAAUAUAUCAAAUGAUUAUAUGUUACCAUUAGGAGAAAAUUCUACACAAUAUUGUACGGCAUGUAAAAGUUCAGAAUCAAUGGCUGUAGCUAAAUGCUUCCAAUGUUCAAGCUUCCUAUGCCAUCAAUGUGUAUGUGCACAUCAAAUAAUGAAUUGUUUUGAAGGUCACCGCGUUGUUCAUAUUAAAGAACUUGAUUCCAAUGGUAAUGAUCUUCGAUUAAUCUUUUGUCCAAUGCAUAAAAAUGAAACAUUAAAAUAUUUUUGUGCUACUUGCAAUAUACCAAUUUGUACAACAUGUACAACAACUGAUCAUGGGCGUGUUGGACAUGAAUUUAUUUCAUUAAAUGAUGCUGGAUCACAUCAAGUAGCAAAAUUACAACAUAUUGUUGAAAAUACUCGUCAACGUUUAAUUGAUUUAAAACAUUCACAAAAACUAAUUGAUCGAUCAUAUAGUUUAUUACAAACUCAAUAUAAUAAAGCACAACAUGAUAUUAAUGAAACAUUUAAUUUUUAUAGACAAUUAAUUGAUGAAAGAAAAAAUGAUCUUAUUAAAGAAUUGGAUAAUACAUUUAAUGAAAAACAAAGUAUUUUAACAAAUCAAAUGCAAAAAAUUGAAGAAGCUGUUGAACGUGCUAAUUUACCAUUGGAAUUCUCUGAUCGUUUAUUUAAAACUUCUUCAACAACAGAAAUUUUAAUGUUUAAAAAACAACUUGAAAAUAAAUUAAAUACACUUAAUCAAAUUUUACCUGACACUAAUGGUCAAUCAACGUUUGAAUUAGAAUUUGUUUCAAAUUUUCAAGCUAUACAAACAGGUAUAAGAAAUACAUUUGGUUAUGUACGAUCAUCACCUGAAACAGCAACCUUGAAUAAUCAUUAUAAACCACGAACACAAAAGGUAAUCAAUGAAAAUUUCAAUAAAGUAAUUGGUCCACCAUCAUUAAAUAGUUGUCAUAAUCAUAAUCAUCAUCAACCACAAAGUAAUCUAUCAUCACUUAGUCCAACAAAAUCUAUGCAACAACAAACAACAAAUACAAAUCAUUUAUUAAAUGGUAUUGAUAUGUUAUCAUGUAGUUUACCUCAAACAUCAAUGACUAAAUAUUCAAAUUUAUCAUCAUCAACACCAACACCAAUUAGUUUUUCAUUAUCAUCAAAUACACUUGAUGUACAUUCAUAUGAAUUAUGGUCAAAUGCUGCGCAAUCUCAACAACAAUUAUCAAGUUCAUUAACAUCAAGUAAUGGUAAUGGAAAUCUUAAUGGACAAGAAUCAGUUGUUGAUCUUGUUGAUAGUUUAUCAACACUUGAUAAUUAUUCGUCACUUGCACAAAAUUUAUUAUUAUCAUCACGUUCAAAUAAUUCAACAUUAAAACGACAAAAAAUGAUUUAUCAUCAAAAAUUUGGUGAAUUUGGUGUACUUGAAGGACAAUUUACUGAACCAUCAGGUGUUGCUGUUAAUGCUCAAGGUGAUAUUAUUGUUGCUGAUACAAAUAAUCAUCGUAUACAAAUAUUUGAUUCAAAUGGACGAUUUCGUUUUCAAUUUGGUGAGUGUGGAAAACGUGAUGGACAACUAUUAUAUCCAAAUCGUGUUGCUGUAUUUCGUCAAUCAGGUGAUAUUGUUGUUACUGAACGUAGUCCAACACAUCAAAUACAAAUUUAUAAUCAAUAUGGACAAUUUAUACGUAAAUUUGGUGCCAAUGUUUUACAACAUCCACGUGGAGUUUGUGUGGAUAAUAUGGGUCAUAUUAUUGUUGUUGAAUGCAAAGUAAUGCGUGUAUUUAUUUUUGAUAUAAACGGAAAUGUUCUAAAUAAAUUUACAUGUUCUAAAUAUUUGGAAUUUCCAAAUGGUGUUUGUUGUAAUGAUAAACAAGAAAUAUUUAUAUCAGAUAAUCGUGCACAUUGCAUUAAAGUAUUUUCUUAUGAUGGACAAUUUUUACGAACAAUUGGUUCAGAAGGUAUAACAAAUUAUCCAAUUGGUGUUGUACAAAAUAGUCAAGGUGAUGUACUUAUUGCUGACAAUCAUAAUAAUUUUAAUUUGACAAUUUUUAAUCAAGAUGGUCAAUUAAUAAGUGCCCUUGAAUCUAAAGUGAAACAUGCACAAUGUUUCGAUGUCGCACUUAUGGAUGAUGGAAGUGUCGUUUUAGCAAGUAAAGAUUAUCGUAUAUAUGUUUAUCGUUAUUUAAUGACAUCAUCACCAUCCCUUGGAUCCAGUGGAGGAGGAGUUACUGGUAAUAAUACAACACCUCCAUCAUCUACAUCAUCUUCAUCAACAACACCAAGUAGUUGUCAAAUGAUUGGUGGUGAGCGUACAUCACCACCUUUGAUCAAUGGUCAUAGUGAAAGUCCACCAAUUACAAAUAAUGGGUAUUAA